UCCGCUCGGGCGAUCGGCUCUGGCCGGGAGGUGGCGAGCCCCGGGGUCCGCGCGCUCCGGCUCCGCGGGCUCCUCGUGACGCGGCAGCCCGGCCCCGCACCGACGGGAGUUCUGCCCCCGCGGCGGGAGCCCCGCCUUCGGCCCCGCCCAGGCCAGAGCCCCAAAUCCCGGAGGGGUGUUGGGGAGGUGGGGAGAGCGCGGGCGAGCAGAGGGAGGGUAAAAGCGUGGCCCCGAGGAGUGGGGCGCCCCGACGCGGGGCGGCAGCAGGCAGAGACCCAGGAUCUCCAAACCGCGGCCCCCUCCGGCCUGGGCUUCUCAACACAAACUUUCCGUCCCGCUCGCUCCCUCCUUUGCGCCCGGCGCCUCCCGCUCCAGCCCGGCUCAUUCCGCACAUUCCGGCCAAUCCCCUCCCCACGACCCCCCUUCCCCGGCCCCCCUCCAGCUCCCUCGGGCCCGGCGGAGCGGCCCGGCCGGAGCGCCCCCGCGAGCUCGGACCAGGUAAACCGGGAGGAGGCCCUGCCGAGAGACUCAGGCUGCCCAGUGGGCUCAGGCCCGGAGCCCAGAGCAACCAGCACAAUAGCGUCCAACAGCUGGAAUGCCAGCAGCAGCCCCGGGGAGGCCCGGGAGGAUGGGCCCGAGGGCCUGGACAAGGGGCUGGACAACGACGCAGAGGGCGUUUGGAGCCCGGACAUCGAGCAGAGCUUCCAGGAGGCCCUGGCCAUCUACCCGCCCUGCGGCCGCCGCAAAAUCAUCCUGUCGGACGAGGGCAAGAUGUACGGUCGGAAUGAACUGAUUGCUCGCUAUAUUAAACUGAGAACAGGGAAGACUCGGACGAGAAAGCAGGUGUCCAGCCACAUACAGGUUCUAGCUCGGAAGAAGGUGCGAGAGUACCAGGUUGGCAUCAAGGCCAUGAACUUGGACCAGGUCUCCAAGGACAAAGCUCUCCAGAGCAUGGCAUCCAUGUCCUCCGCCCAGAUCGUCUCUGCCAGCGUCCUACAAAACAAGUUCAGCCCACCCUCCCCUCUGCCCCAAGCCGUCUUCUCGACUUCCUCACGGUUCUGGAACAGCCCCCCUCUCCUGGGACAGCAGCCUGGACCUUCUCAGGACAUCAAGCCCUUUGCACAGCCAGCCUACCCCAUCCAGCCUCCCCUGCCACCGACACUCAGCAGUUAUGAACCCCUGGCCCCACUUGCUCCAGCUGCGGCUUCUGUGCCUGUGUGGCAGGACCGCACCAUCGCCUCCUCUCGGCUGCGGCUCCUUGAGUAUUCUGCCUUCAUGGAGGUUCAGCGAGACCCUGACACGUACAGCAAACACCUGUUUGUGCACAUCGGCCAGACCAACCCUGCCUUCUCAGAUCCGCCACUAGAGGCGGUAGACGUGCGUCAGAUCUAUGACAAAUUUCCGGAGAAGAAGGGGGGUCUGAAAGAACUCUAUGAGAAGGGCCCCCCCAAUGCCUUCUUCCUCGUUAAGUUCUGGGCUGACCUCAACAGCACCAUUCAGGAGGGUCCAGGAGCCUUCUAUGGGGUCAGUUCCCAGUACAGCUCAACUGACAGCAUGACCAUCAGUGUCUCCACCAAAGUGUGCUCCUUUGGCAAGCAGGUGGUGGAGAAGGUGGAGACUGAGUAUGCCAGGCUGGAGAACGGGCGCUUUGUGUACCGCAUCCACCGCUCACCCAUGUGUGAAUACAUGAUCAACUUCAUCCACAAGCUCAAGCACCUGCCCGAGAAGUACAUGAUGAACAGUGUCCUGGAGAACUUCACCAUCCUACAGGUGGUCACCAGCCGAGACUCUCAGGAGACCCUGCUCGUCAUUGCUUUUGUUUUUGAAGUCUCCACCAGUGAGCAUGGGGCCCAGCACCAUGUCUACAAGCUCGUCAAAGACUAGCGUGCCCACUGCCCCCACCACCAGGAUCCAGGACCGAGCAUCUUUUCCACACACCUGCCUGGUACCCCCAAGGGCUCCAGGAGUCAGGACUCAUCUGCCUGCCAGGCCUCAGGCCCAGGACCCAGGAGGCCUCCCCACACAUCCCCAGCACACACACUUCUGCCACUGUUCUGCGCUUUAAUUGUGGGAGGAGAGGAGGGCUCAGUGGUGGGGUGUGAGGCCCCCCACCACCCAGCUCUGCCCAGCUGACAAUGAAUGGGAGAACACCUUUGAUUUUAGGUGUGAGGUAUUCCCCAGCCCCUUCAGGGGAGUGUGAAGGUAGAAUGGAGACCAGGAAGUUGGUGGUCCCCAGAAAGAGUGGGGCUAGAGUUGAGUCAAGUUGAGAGAAGGAAUGAAGGGCCUAUACAUCCUGUGUGCCAGGCCUCUACAAGCCUCAAGCCAUCCUUAGGCCUUGAGAGGCAAGUCUCAAAGGAGGUAUCGAGAUUCUGAGAGUCAAGGAACAUUGGGAGCAGUGGGCAGAGUUGCAGCUCUCCCCCAGGGUCACUUGUCCCCAGAGUCAGGUUUACACUACCUCCCUGCAGAGUGCCGGCACAGACAUAGAGAGGCGCAGAAACACCUUGGAGCCAGCCGGGCUGGGGGUUCAGUCAGAGCACCUUCUCCAGGAGCCCCCUGGAAGGGAGCUGUGGGGGCCCAGCACCCAUCAGUCAAAGCAAGGGCACUCUUCAAGCUGCCUAGAUUGGAUGUCUAUAACCUCCUGUAAAAGGCCCCAGGGGCAGACCCGAUCUCAGAAACAGGUUGGAGGUUCAGGAAGACAAACUUCUGGCCUUGAUAGACCGGUGGCCCCACCUCAGCCUCCCUGGCCUGGAGCAGCAACUUCUCAUACCCAGUUCUGGGACUGCAGGUUCAACUUCCCAACACUGGGGCCCCUCAGCCGGCUUGGCCUAACCACCAGCCGCUUCUGGAUAUUUAUGAGUUUCAUAUGAAGUACUGUGCCCCUUCCCUUCCUGAUCCUCAGCCCCCCCCCCCCCCCGCCCGCCUCACUCCUGAGCUUCCUGAAGGUCCUCACUGCAUAUUGCUCAGGCCAGCCACCUCCAAACCCAACCUAGGUUUUAUAAUGUAUAUUAUAUAUAUUUUUUGUGUAUUUUUUAAAUCCAGCUGUGAUGGGUUAUAUCCUAAAUAUGGCACAAGGCUGGGGCAGGAGCUUUCAAGGCUCAGCUCUUGCUCAAAAAAUGGAAGAAAAAAAAAAGAAAAAAAAUUAAAGUUGUUUGUUUGUGGGUCA